CCAUCCGCUCUCAGCUAGUUUGGUCUAGUCAAAAUGGCGAGCCUCAUGUAGGGGUCGAGUGUGAUUAACAGUCACAUUUUCAUCUCUUUUAGGCAGUUCAUUUUCCGCCUUGGUAGCUCCCCUGACAGCCAUGUUCGCAAACAUAGCUCUGCGAACUGUUCUGAAGACGUCGGCCGGUGUUUUGCGGGAAAGCGGCGCUCUGUGCUCCGCUCUGUCGGCGAAACCCUUGGCAUGUAGCUCGGCUUUACUAGCAGGACCGAGAGUUAGCUGUGUUGCUGGAAGUUUCGCUGUUCCACCACCAGUAAGACAUUAUGCCCGGGGUACAAAGAUAAGGAAGACAGUCCCUGUGAGCCAGCUCAGUGACCUUCCUCAGACAGCACUCAUGAUGGAUUACGCAGCUGUACCCCUCGCUGAAACGACAGACGAUGUUGUCAAAAGACUUCUUUCGUUGGAGUUGGCGGGUCAUCGCGAAAAGCUACGGCUGAAAAAGGAACAGCUGAUCGCUAAAGUCCAGAGGGAUGAGAACGACCACAGCUCAGUGGAAGUCCAGGUGGCCGUGUUGACUACAAGAAUCCGCAACCUUCAGGAGCACUUGCUAAAACAUCACAAGGACAAAGCGAACAAGAGGCGAAUGCUCAUGGCCAUUGACCAAAGGAAAAAGCUUUUGAAAAACCUGAGGUUGGUUCGCUAUGACGCCUUUGAGAGGGUGUGCGAGCAGCUGGGCAUCACUUACACCUUCCCUCCAGAGUACUACAGACGGGCCACUCGUCGCUGGCAGGCCAAGAAGGCCUUCUGUAUUAAGGUCUUCAAAGAAGUGCAGAAGCAGAAAGCAGAGCAGAGGCUGAAGAUGAAGCAAAGCUUGGCCGAGGCAGCCGAGACAAAAACCGGUUGAGACGAAUUAAAGACAAUAAACUGUACAGUAGAUUACAGAAAGUGAUCCCAGAUGCCUGUCUUAACUGACAUCUUCACUGUUCCACCCUCAGAUGAUGUGAUGGGGCAUGUGGACCAACAGCUAUUUUUUUCCUUUUUCAUGUGUUGCCAUCAUAUAACAAUGUUUGCUUUUGCUUUCAAGUUGAUGUCCGAAGUUAAUGGAAAUAAAAUAUGUCAGAAAGUUGUAUUCAAA